AUGAACGGUUACUCAAAUUUCUCCAGAGGAGAACUAAUGGAUAAAUUUCGACUACUUAAAAUAAAUGAUUUGUUAAAAAUUCGCAAUGACUCACAUUCAGCUUUGGUGAAGGAGUGCGCUGAUAGCUAUCUAUUUGAGGAAAUGUUGAUCUACCCGUUCAAUGAAUAUCAAAAAAUAUACUUCGAAGGGGAUUUUUUGGAAUUCCAAUUAGAAAAUAUCCCAAUCAGAAAGUUCAGAUAUUAUGACCAUCUUGCGGUUGAUGCGUCCCAGAUCAACAAGAUUGCGCCUUUCAAGAAUUAUAUAAGAGCAGUCAAUAUCAAUAUUAGAUACAACGUUACAGAUGAAAUGAUCCGAAAUAUUGCAACUAGCUUGAAUUCAUUACCGUUUUUACGUCAGAUUACUAGUGACACAGAUAUUUCUCCAAUUACACAACCGCUUGUUAAACUAGACACCAGAAUUAAAAAUGGAUCAAAUCUAAUGAUGAAUAAAGAAAAUCUCUAUGAAUUGCAUGUUUAUCAUUCAUUGUAUCAUCCACAAGACGGUGUCACAGCUACUCUUUCAAAAAUUGAGAACACUUUUAUUCCAAAAAAUUCCUGGUUCCCGAAUUUGAGAAUUCUAAAAAGUUUUUAUUGUACGAAUUCUCUCAAUAGCGAUGAUUUGGAUGCAUCAUUGCUAGAAGAGCUAGAAAUUGUUAAUUGUGCGUCUACUUUCAAUUUGCAAAACAUGGAUUCAGAGAGAUUCCCCAACCUUAGGAAGCUUUCAAUUUGCAUCAAAGAUCCGCAUAAAGGUAAUUCUUUCAAAGAAAUUGGAGUUUGUAAAGGUACUAUUAGUAUUUUUACGCUAGAUACAUUAUAUUUAAAUAAUGCUAGAGGGAUAUCUUUGGAUUUCAGGAGCCUAGAAUAUUUGACUGACAUAACAAUCAGGCAUUGGUACCCUCUAAGAAUUGAUAAUUUUGGAUUCCUACAUAGAUUGGAAAUUGUUGAUUUGAGCUACAAUAGUUUAUCGAAGAUUGAGGGAUUAGAAGAUUUGAGAAAGUUGAAAAAAUUGAAUUUAAGUCAUAACAACAUUGAAAAGAUUCAAAAUCUUGAAAAGUUAGUAAAUUUAGAGAAUUUGAACCUUGGAUUCAAUCUGAUAAAAAAGAUUGAAAAUUUGGAUAGAUUGCUCAACUUGAAUGUUUUACUGUUGUCGAAAAACUAUAUUACUAAGCUUGAGAAUGUGGAAUCCUCGCCUAAAUUAGAGCAUCUCUUCCUAUUGCAAAAUCCUUUGAAAAGGUCCAUAAAUUCUGUUGAAUAUGGGAAGCUUCGAGAAAAAAUUGAUGACCUACGUAUUUCAUGGGUUGAGGGAUCGUGA